CCUCCCUUCAACUCAGCUCUUCUUCCUUUCUUCAAAAAAUCUCACCUUUAAACCCCUCGCCGCCUCUCUACCGGGAAAGGACGCCGCUGCAGCUCACUGAGGACCGCCCCCGCACUUUCAGGUCUGUUCCAUGGGAAUCUCCGACAGAGAAGUGAGCUUAUCUGAUGAAGAUGAGUUGCAAGAAGACCAAGUGAAUGAGGAUUAUGAAUCUGAAUCCGAAUCCGAGCUGGAAGAUGGGGAUGUGAAGUUAUCGGAGCCCUCGAAGGACUCCGUGUACGACACGGAGGGGCUCCUCGAUAAGUUGGGAGACAUCAGCUGGCCACAGAACCUGCCAUGGAUCGAUAAGCUCACCGUCGAUAUCGAUCAGGCGCAAGAGGUAGAUGUUAAUGAUGAUCUCGCUCGGGAGCUUGCAUUCUAUACACAGGCGCUGGAGGGGACGAGGCAGGCCUUUGAGAAGCUUCAGAAGAUGGAGGUCCCAUUCCUGAGGCCUCCGGACUACUAUGCUGAAAUGGUCAAGUCAGACUCCCACAUGGAGAAGGUGAAGGGACGGCUCCUGGCGGAGAAGAGGAAGAUUGAGGAGGCUGAGGAGAGGAAGAAGGCUCGCGAAGCCAAGAAAUUGGCCAAGGAGGUCCAGGCCCAGAAGCAGAAGGAGAGGGCCAAGCAGAAGAAGGAGGAGAUCGAGGUUGUCAAGAAGUGGAGGAAACAGAGGCAGCAGAGCGGGUUUUCCGAUAAGGGGAACGACUUGCCACUAGAUUUCGAGGACGGGAAGUCUUUCGAGAGGUCGAGCAAGAAGAGGCCUGGGGUGAGCCCGGGAGAUCGGUCAGGAGGGAAAGCUUGGCAGGGCGGGAAGAAGGGAAAGAUGAAGAAGAGGGAUUUUCGGGAUUCAAAGUUUGGGUUUGGAGGGAAGAAGGGCAUGAAGAAGCAGAACACUGCUGAGACUACUAAUGAUUUCAGGGACUCCAACAAGGGUGGUGCGUCAGGAAACAAGAAAAGAAAGAGGUGAGAUAGAUCUCAGAUCAUACGGUCACUUCUCUCGUGGAAAAAGCCUCUUCGGGAAGCCCUGUUAAACUUACAAUACCGUGUGAAUUAUCAGGUCCAGAUCGAAGAAAUAGAAUUUUGUUCAGUUUCUGUUUAUGCCGCAACAUUUGGUGAUUCCAAUCACAGUAUUAUGCUAGGGCUCAAUUUUUGCUAGAUUUGAUCUGUUUGGAACUAUGUACUUGUUGAUGAUUUUGAUCUCAUUCUCGGCUUCCGGUGAAA